UAGUGGUUGGUACUAACAGGAAAAAGAUGACACGUUCAGCUGGUGGUGUAGCACACGAGGCUAAGGCAGAAUUAUCAGAAGAAACACAGGUGAUCUUCCUCCAGACUGCAAAAAAGUUGUCUAGGUCUCACAAGAUGUUGCAGCCUUGGGGUCUCAGAAGCCGUGAUAUGAUGGAUGCGUUUUGUUUUGUUGCCCCGGUCCACUCAACACUUGAACUCGCCUGCUAAUGACAAUUUCUCGCCGGCCGGCCGGCCGGCCCUCCUCCCCGGACGGCACGGCAGCUCGACUGAUCUGGUCACGGUCACGCCACACUAUCAUCACCGUCGUCGUCAUCGUCUCGCCAACAUCUAUUUAUAGAUGGAAACCUAGCUGGGAGAGCAGCACUAGCAUUAGUAAGACGGACAGAGAGCUCUUGAGGGAGGGGCGGCGCUCACCGUUGAUCGGAUCCAUGUCGGGCGACUGGGGCCCGGUGCUGAUCGCGACGGCCUUCUUCGUGGUGAUGCUGCCGGGGCUCAUCUGCGAGAUCCCCGGCGGCGGGGGGCGCGGCCGGCCCGAGUUCCACAGCAUGAAGACCAACGGCAUCGCCAUGUUCGUCCACACCGUCAUCUUCUUCGCCUUCUGCGCCAUCUUCAUGGUCGCCGUCGGCGUCCACGUCUACGCCGGCUAGCCCUCCGGCGCCAUACAUACUACAGCAAGACCACCAGCUAGCUAUCGUGUGUGUUCCAUGUUUGAUUUUUUUUCUCUCUUCUUUUAUCUAAUAUGCUCAGGAUUGUCUGUCAGUUCAUCAACCUGUGAUUUAUUGAAUGGUUGAUUUGAGCCAUA